AUGAACACGACAUACGAAGGUUUUGAAAGAUAUUUAGACCCAUACCUUACUACCAGCCGACUGUACCUUAGGCCAUAUACCGCAGAACAAUUGAAGAAGAUCUCCAACUCAAAGGACGUCGUCACUUAUUACAUAUUAGCAGAUGUUCCUUGGGUGUGGUCUAGAAAACCAAAACACGAUGAAUGGACUCUACGGCAGAGAAGACCGCAAUCCACUUUUGAUAGAGAAAAGUUUAAAGGCGACUUUAGAGAAAUAAGGACGCACAAUAAACUUCAAUGGGUUCCCGGAUCAUUCAGAACAGAAGUAAAAGAUAACUAUGCGUUAUUUGUACCGAAAAUAAAUGAUCAAUUAGAUACUUAUGAAGAUGACGUGAUAACAGGAUACCUGCGAGCAGUUGCUAAAUUAAAAACAAACACACAAUUUGAAUAUUCAUCUAUCAAUAGAAAUUACUCUUCGGAAAAUUCGCAAAUAGGUUCCACAAAACCGAUUUGCUCAGUUUUUGAACAAUGUGCAAAUAAAAGUAAAAGACUUGAGAGAAAAAUAGCUAACAUUAAAUAA